AUGUCUUCUUCAAAUCCUAAUGAAAUUAAAAAAACAGGCAGUUACAAACCAAAAGUGAAGGCAAAAUUAAACUCACACCUUUUGUUAAAAGAAGAAGAUAGAUCUAAGCUUAAAUAUUUGCUAGAUAUUGAAAAUGGUCUUAAUAUCAACUCUGAUGAUGUGCGAUACAAAUGGGUUAUUCAGCAUUCAACUAAAACAUUAAUUGUUAAGCAAUCAAUAGAUAGAGAUCUUUUGUCAAGUUGGUGCUUUAAUAGAUGGAUGAAUGCUAUAAAAGCUCUUGAAAUUCCUUUAGAAAAACUUCCCACUACGAAUAACUAUCUUGAAGGGAUAAAUGAGUAUUUAAAAAAUAAUCAAUUAAACCGAUUUCAAAGAAAUAAUCAUUUUCUUAAAGCUGAUGCAGAACGACGAAAAGACCUUAAUAUAAUAGACCCAUCUGAUCGUAAAAUUAUUAUGCAAGAGUUUUUCCAAGUAGAUGAACUUUCUGAAAAGAUUUAUAUUGAAGUUGAAUCUAAAACUAUGUCUGGAUUAAUUUAUACAACUUGUGUAUAUAGGCAACCAACUGAUAUCUGCUGUCAAUGUUUUGAUUUUCUUCAAAGAGAAACUAUUUGCAAACACCUUCGUGCUGCAGCUCUUUAUAUUAAAGAUCUUU